AAAUCCGUAGACCGUCUGGUAGAACUCAGUGAAGUCCAAUCAUUUGCUCUCUUUCUUUGGCUUUGAAUUUCGCACUCUUUUCUUUUGGGCGUCGAUGUGCUGGAGGGAAGUUUGGGGGCCAGGAUUUUUAUUUUGACUCGUCCUGGACUUUCUGGGGAAAAUUUUAUAUGUUGAGAAUGCCUGUGCAAUUAGCUCCUAUGGAAGUUGUUGGUUUGGUUGGGAACUGGUGGGAUGAAAUCAAUGAAUCUACUCGGUGGCAGGAUGGGAUCUUCUACGCUCUCUGUGCUGCUUAUGCUCUUGUCUCCUCUGUUGCUCUGAUUCAAUUGAUAAGGAUAGAAUUGAGAGUGCCCGAGUAUGGUUGGACGACGCAGAAAGUUUUCCACCUUAUGAACUUUAUUGUGAAUGGAGUGCGCGCAAUUUUGUUUGGAUUUCACAGGCAAGUGUUUAUUUUUCAUCCCAAGGUGCUAACAGUGAUAUUAUUAGAUUUCCCGGGACUUCUUUUCUUUUCUACAUACACCCUGCUUCUCCUAUUUUGGGCAGAGAUAUAUUAUCAGGCAAGAAGUUUGCCAACCGAUAAGCUCAGAACUGUCUAUAUUUCAGCCAACAGUGGAAUUUACUUCAUUCAGGUUUGCAUCUGGGUAUACCUCUGUGUAACGGACAACAGCAUUGUUGAGCUCAUUGGGAAGAUCUUUGUUGCAGUGGUAUCAAUUAUAGCUGCAUUGGGUUUCUUGUUAUAUGGAGGAAGAUUAUUUUUCAUGCUGAGACGUUUCCCCAUUGAGUCUAAAGGGAGAAGAAAGAAGCUCCAUGAGAUUGGAUCAGUUACAGCCAUAUGUUUCACAUGCUUCCUUAUAAGAUGUUUUGUGGUACUUCUUUCAGCUUUUGAUUCAGAUGCAUCACUCGAUGUUUUGGACCAUCCAGUUUUGAACUUGAUCUAUUACAUGCUGGUUGAGAUUUUACCCUCAGCUCUAGUGCUCUGCAUUCUGCGGAAGUUGCCUCCCAAGAGAAUAUCAGUGCAAUAUCAUCCAAUUCGUUAACUGCAAUGUUUCUUUGUUCUAGUGUGUUCAUCCAUGGUUCAAAGUUGGUGAUAUUGGAGCUAAGCAAGGCAGAGAAGAGCCAGAAAAACAAAAAUGGAUACAUUCUGGUAUGGCUCAUGAUAGCGGCAAUUCUUUUCACAUGUCGUAAGGGAAGGCAUUAGAUUUAUGGCUUGAGGCUUUGGUUAUUUGAUACCUUUAUGAAGUUUAUUUAUCUGAAAUUUUGGGGAAGGGAAGUUUCUUUAGUUCGUGGUAGUUGCCUUGUCUGGUUUUAGCCCUAGUUUAAUGUUUAAAAUGCUUGGAGAACAAUUGAUUGAAAUGAAUUUUUUACGUGCAUUCUUUUC